AUGGCGAACACCUCGUUCCGGGACUCGGUCAACUCGCUUGGCUGGUCACGCAGAGAUCCGGAUUAUCCUGUGCAGACAAACACUCGUGGUGCUCAGGCACCCUUUCUCUCACGCUUGCAAGCAUUCAAUCCCUUCAGCCAGGGUGGAUAUGUUCAGCUUCCCACCCAUAAUGAAAGCGUCGGGGCGCCGCUACCGGCACCGAGUCGACGAGAAGAGGAGGAGGGGUUCUUUGCCUUGAGUCGAUGGGACCGAAUGCUCAUUUUUGGCGCCUGCAACCUUGGCGCCGCGGUCUGCUUCAUGAUCUGCUUCUUCCUCUUCCCAGUGCUGACGCUCAAGCCCCGAAAGUUCGCCGUUCUAUGGUCGGUCGGCUCGGCCUUGUUUUUGCUAUCAUGGGCUGUCCUCAUGGGACCUUGGUCUUAUGCUAGGCACUUGGUCUCGGGAUCACGGUUGCCUUUCACCGCGGCCUACUUUGGCUCUAUCGCCUUGACUUUAUACUUUGCGAUCGGGCGUCAAAACCUAAUCCUCACCCUCAUCUCGUCCGUUUUCCAGCUAGCUGCUCUGAUCUGGCCGAUUCGGUGUGUCGAGAGUGUCUGCAUGGAUGAGUGGGUGAAGACACCCCCCGCCCAAGUUGUAUAUCAAGCAUGGACGGAGAUGCCGCGGAGUCGGCUUCGACGAGGUCGCCUUGUCGCCCAGCAGUAA